AUGGGCCCCAGCGGGCGCGCCGGCACGGCCAUCGCGGACCUGCUGGGCGCCGACUCCCUCUGCAACCUCACGCUGCCGUACCCGGGCCGACUCGCGGCCUGGCGGCUCAUGAGCGGCCACGGGCGCUGCAUCCAGGGCGUCAACGGCGCGUCGCCCGGCGCCCGCGCGCGCGGCGCCGCCGCGCGCGAGCGCGCGAUUCGUUCAGGCGCGAGCACGCACCGGGGCACGCUCUGCUACAGCUUCGACUUCAAGCUCGCGGUGGGCACGCCGGUGCACGCGGUCCGCGGCGGCGUCGUCGCCGCGGUCGUGCAGCACUUCAGCGGCGGCGGCGCCAAGGCGCACCUCGCGCCGCGGGCGAACUUCGUCGCCGUGCGCCACGACGACGGCUCCUACGCGCGCUACUACCACCUGCGGACCGACGGGAGCCUGUUCAAGGUCGGCGACAGCGUGGAGGCGGGCCAGCACAUCGCGUUCAGCGGCAACACGGGCUACACGGGCGGGCCCCACCUCCACCUCGACGUCGUGAACCUGCUGCCCGAGGAGACGUCGCGGCUGCGGGUCGUGGAGCCGAAGUCGCUCGCGCGGCUCGUGCCGAGCGUCGCGGCCGCGUUCUCCUGCCUCCUGCCCCGGGAGGGGUCCAUGGCCUGCGUCCUGCGCUACGAGGCCGCCCAGUCCGAGAGCGCGCACCCGAGCCGCGAGGAGGAGAAGAACGCGCCCGCGCCGUCGUCGAAGAAGCGGCCCGCGAACUUCUUCGUCGCGUUCCGCGUCGCGCUGGCGGACCGCGACCCCGCGUGCUCCUUCGCGCAGAAGGUCGACCAGCUCGCGAAGCGCGGCGCCGUCGCCGCCAUCGUCGCCAACAACCGGAGCGGGCCCGAGGUCUUCGCCAUGGGCGGCUGCGAGCGGCCGUCGGCGAUCCCCUGCGUGUUGGUGUCCAAGGAGCACGGCGCGUGGCUGAAGCAGGCGCUCGCGGACCACGGCGGCGCGGUCUUCGUCUCCCUGGCCGCGCACCCGGCCGUCGCCGACGUCGAGACGCUCGACGCCCAGCUCCGGGAGCUGCGCAAGUCGGCGACGCCGCGGCUCGCGCGCGUCGAGACGCCGCUGAGCUUCAAGUACGGGCCCCAGCUCCGCUAUGUGACGCGGACGCUGCCCGUCGAGUUCGCGAACCGCGCGGGCGCGCCCUUCGUGCCGGCCCAGGGCGUCCUCUACCCGCGGCCCACGGUCUUCUGCAGGCCCUGCGGCGCGGCGCCGAAGCGCCGCGCGCCGCCCGCGGCCGUCGCCGAGGCCGCGAGGCCACCGAAGCCGACGUCCGCGAGGACGCGCGACGCCGAGUUCCCCGACGACGAGACCCAGCCGACGCUCUCCGUCGCCGCCCUCGAGCUCGAGCCCGUCCGGCGCCUCAACUAG